AUGACAGCAGCACUGACGCUCCACGACAACGAGAAGUGUCCGCUCAGAGCAGAGGUCUUUGCUCCGCGCGCGCGCUCAAAGCUGCAGGCUCAAGGGCACACGCCGUUUCGCGCCCAAACGAAACGAGCGGCAUCGACAGAGGACGACAGGAGUGGACGCUGGGCCUGGACCACGUGGUCCGACUCCACGAGCUCGGCUGAUCAUUACAUCAGAUACUUUUCAACUCCAGCUGCCGACUCGAAAGGAUGGCAGCACUUAUCUUGCCGGGCGACCGUCCGUGAUCGAGAUCGACCAGUAUCGAUGCCGAAGCCCCGACUGCACCACCCACCCACACCCCUUGUGAGCCGAGGCAGACUGCAUUAGCACGUUUCUCCACUAUUUACGAGGUGCCUCAGGCCUGAGGCUCUAGCCCAGCCAGACCUGAUCCUCAUCCUGGAUCCUAGGAUCCUCGCUCUUCUUCAACUUGCUCUCGCAGCACGCUGUCAUCUCGUCCACCUACAGCCUGCUCUGGAAAUGUUU